GUAGGGCGUCCUUCAUAUAAAACGUUCCCAAAAUCGGCUCACCUUCCCUCCUAUUUUAAAAUUUCUCUUUUCUUCCACGCCCGAAAGAAUUCUUUUUCUCUUUCGCGCAUUCUAGUACUGAGAGAGAAGAUGAUUCAGAAACUGUUCAGUAGAGGCUCUGGCUCUAGAGACGCCAUGGAUAUUUCUCCACAAUCCAUCCCUUUCUCUCCUUCUCCCUCUUCUACUGUCGUUGCUACGGGCCCCGCGAGGCCCUUGCGUCUCGUGUACUGCGACGAGAAGGGAAAGUUUAGGAUGGACCCUGAGGCCGUCGCCACACUUCAGCUUGUGAAAGGGCCUAUAGGGGUUGUGUCCGUAUGCGGUCGAGCUCGUCAAGGCAAGAGCUUUAUAUUAAACCAGCUUCUCGGGAGAAGUACAGGAUUUCAAGUUGCAUCUACCCAUCGGCCUUGCACCAAAGGACUUUGGAUGUGGAGUGCUCCCUUAAAGAUGACUGCACUUGAUGGAACAGAAUACAGUCUUGUACUUUUGGAUAGUGAAGGCAUUGAUGCAUAUGAUCAAACGGGAACCUACAGCACCCAGAUAUUCUCCUUGGCUGUUCUCCUAUCUAGCAUGUUCAUCUACAACCAGAUGGGUGGUAUUGAUGAAGCUGCACUUGAUCGUCUAUCUCUUGUCACUGAAAUGACUAAACACAUACGUGUUAGAGCUUCUGGAGGAAGGACUACAGCAUCUGAGCUUGGGCAGUUCUCCCCAAUAUUUGUUUGGCUUCUUAGGGACUUUUAUUUAGACUUAGUAGAGGAUAAUAGGAGAAUAACACCACGUGAUUACCUAGAGCUUGCCUUGAGGCCAAUGCAAGGGAGUGGAAAAGACAUAGCUGCAAAAAAUGAGAUACGAGAGUCGAUUCGUGCUCUUUUCCCAGAUAGAGAAUGCUUCACCCUUGUUCGGCCACUUAACCAGGAAAAUGAUCUUCAACGACUUGACCAAAUCUCUGUGAGUAAUUUUAAUGUGUAUUUGGUCUUAAUAAUAAUUAUAUGGGGAGGAACUCUGUCUGUCUAG